AUGGAUGAAAAUUUUAUCAAUAUAAGAGUCCAAGGAGCAUAUAACAAGAACGACCUACAGACUGCUAGCUUUGAGAAAGUUCUUAAUGAUGAUUUAUUUGCUGAACUUAGACACGCAUAUAAAGAAGAACUUGGUUGUGUUAAACAUCUUACAUCACAAACCGUAAAAUAUUUUAAUAGUAUUAGCUAUACUAUAGUUAAUAAUGAUGAUCGAGUAGAUGUGAACCUUCGUGUUGGUGAUACUGUGGAUGUUUUAGAAGAUAUAUCAAAUGAUACAUUGAAUAAUCCAAAGACA